UGUGCUAAGUACUGUAGCAGAUAUAAAAAUAAAUAUGACAGUCUCUGCUCCUUGGGAACUCAAUCUAGUGGGGAAAACAUAUCAACCAACAGGUGUGAUACACCAUGGUAGUUACGUUUAGAGCAACGUUUAGAGAAGUAAGCACUGCAGGAGUAAAGAGGGUGCCCCCUAGCUCUGCCAGGGAGAGUUAAGGAAGGUUUUCCAAAGGAGGUGACAUUUCAGCUAGAUUUUGAAGGAUGAGUUUGCUAACAUGCAUAAAGAGAAUGGGCUCUGUUGGCAGCAGGAACAGCCUGGAAGUGUGAAAGGGCAGGGAAUGUUCUGGACUUGGGACUACUGGAGUGUAGAAGACUUCCUUCAACAUUAGGAGCUUCUGCUCAGAGAAGUCAGAGUAUUGCCUGGGUCACAGAGCAGGUGAAUGGCAGAGACAGGGUUAAACAGCAGAAGUUGGAACUGUCUGGUCCCUAAUGCAUAGUCCUUAGCCUCCCACCCUGUAACACACACACACACACACACACACACACACACUCGCACGCGCGCACACACACACGCACUCCCUGGCUUAGAGCUGUCCUUUGACCAGUUCUUCCCCCUCCCAUUUCCCCUCUUAAGGGUCUGCCCCUGAGCUCCCAGUGAACUUGGGAGGGAAGCAGAACCCAGAGAAGGCUGAUCCAUUCCAAUGUUUGGCCCUGAACUAGACAUUUGCCUAAGACCUGAGUCCUUAGAUCCUAACUCCUGGCACUGCUGAGAACUUCAUAAUGGAUCCUGAUUGGCUUUGAGAUGCUCCUUGCUUGAGUAUCUGAAAAAAAGAGCUGGGUAAACCAGGUUGCCCUUUACAGAGGAGGAGCUACUUUCAAUUCCCCAAAGUUUUAGAAGGCUGAAGAGAGUUUAUGCCAAAAAUUCCCUGUUCCUUAUCUCCUACCAUACGUAGUAAUGAGGGCAGGAGGGAAGAAGAUCCUUAAAUUCCAUACUAGCUUGGAGGUAGGUGCUCAAAAAAUACUCGGUCGGUUGACUGGUUUGUCAGAAUUAUCUGUCGAAAGUUCCCCAGCCAUUUCCCAAAUGCUGUAAUUCAUCCUAAUUGGAUUUUAAGAGAACUGAGUCCACAGAUAGGGAGGUAUUGGAUUUUAGUUUGUACCACACCUCUUUUUGGAAGGGUUUGAGGCAGUUUACAGAGUGAAGCAAUGUUUUUAAGUAAGAUUUUUAAGGAUGAAACAUAACUUGGUGGUUGGAAAGAUGAAAAAAGUAAUAGCUACUUCCAAGCAUCACCGUGUUCAACACUUAUGCUAUAAAUUUGACUGAAAGAUUUCUGGCAGAAAGGCCAAAAAUGGAAAACCACUGGGUUACCCAGUGUGCAUUUUCUGAAACCAGAAAGUAUGCAGAAUCUCCUGUAGGGAAACCAUUUUCCUCAAGCUAAAGCUUGAUAGAAAGUGAUUGUGUUUGGUCCCAAUAAAGCUGAGCGACAGGGCGAAGAGAACAAUUCAAGUUGGCUGUCAUCUCUCUGAAUGCAGUGUUCCCAGUGCCGUGUGAGAGAUGUUCAUGCCCAUAGGUCAUCCGAGAGCAGGUAGACUUGACUGUGACAGAUGCACUACCCUCCAUAGGACCCACGAGGACUGGCUCUUGGUCCAGGGGGAGGGCAGGAUGACUAGAUUUCAAAAGACAGGGAAGGAGUCAAAGACCAUGUUUUCCACGUUGAUUUUACAAAAGGUAACAGAGACACCAUCCAAAGGGAUAACAAACGAAUCACUUUUGAGUGAUUAUAUGUCAGGUACAUUUGAUCAUUUCAUCUUAACAGCAAUCCUGUGGAGGAAGGUCAUUGUUUACAUUUUACAAAGAAGGAAACUGAAGCUCAGUUUGUCCAAAGUCACACAGCUGGCAAGUGGUGAAGCCGGGAUUCCAUCUCAGGACUGUGCACCUCUUUCCCACUAUACCUCCCUGUUUAUUCAACCCAACAAUUCUUCAUUGAAGUUUCUGUAAAGAAAGAACGGAAUGUGGCAUGCUGGCUGGGAGGGGCUGAGGAAUACUGUGCAGGAACUUAAUGCUUUGAUGACAUAACUGACCUGGGAAUAGAAACUGGAGCUGGAUGAAUAGACAGGUACCUUGUCAGUUGCCCUAUCAUGUCCAUUUCCAGAUGCUUUAAAUGAGCUUUUUGGCUGAUCCGAGACCACAGUCAAGUCACAAGUGAUUCUCUGGAUCAGCAAUAAAGACCACAGAUAAUCUCAUGCCUACUAAUAUUCUACAACAUGAUUCUUCAGCAGACUGCCUUUGGACACAAACUGGUUAAAGUCAUACGGCUAUCUGCUGCCCUAUGACUCACGGGCAUCUGCGUUGCACUCAGGGAAGGCCUUACAGUCAGCAGUCGCCACUAUGCAGCAGUUUUACGGGAUCCCAGUCACCGGUGUGUUGGAUCAGACAACAAUCGAGUGGAUGAAGAAACCCCGAUGUGGCGUCCCUGAUCACCCGCACUUGAGCCGCAGGCGGAGAAACAAGCGCUAUGCCCUGACAGGACAGAAGUGGCGGCAGAAGCACAUCACCUACAGCAUUCACAACUACACCCCAAAGGUGGGUGAGUUAGACACGCGGAAAGCUAUUCGCCAGGCUUUCGAUGUGUGGCAGAAGGUGACCCCGCUGACCUUUGAAGAGGUGCCCUACCAUGAAAUCAAAAGUGACCGGAAGGAGGCCGACAUCAUGAUCUUCUUUGCUUCUGGCUUCCAUGGCGACAGCUCCCCGUUUGAUGGCGAAGGGGGAUUCCUGGCUCAUGCCUACUUCCCUGGCCCAGGGAUUGGUGGAGACACUCACUUUGAUUCAGACGAGCCAUGGACAUUAGGAAAUGCCAACCACGAUGGGAAUGACCUCUUCCUGGUGGCUGUGCAUGAGCUGGGCCACGCGCUGGGACUGGAGCACUCCAACGACCCCAGCGCCAUCAUGGCACCCUUCUACCAGUACAUGGAGACACACAACUUCAAGCUGCCUCAGGAUGAUCUCCAGGGCAUCCAGAAGAUCUACGGACCCCCCGCGGAGCCCCUGGAGCCCACAAGGCCCCUCCCCACACUCCCCGUCCGCAGGAUCCACUCACCGUCUGAGAGGAAGCAUGAGCGCCAGCCCAGGCCCCCUCGGCCACCCCUGGGGGACCGGCCAGCCACACCAGGCGCCAAACCCAACAUCUGUGACGGCAACUUCAACACGGUGGCCCUCUUCCGGGGCGAGAUGUUUGUGUUUAAGGAUCGCUGGUUCUGGCGCCUGCGCAAUAACCGGGUACAGGAGGGCUACCCCAUGCAGAUCGAGCAGUUCUGGAAAGGCCUGCCCGCCCGCAUAGACGCAGCCUAUGAAAGGGCUGAUGGAAGAUUUGUCUUCUUCAAAGGUGACAAGUACUGGGUGUUUAAGGAGGUGACGGUGGAGCCUGGGUACCCCCACAGCCUGGGGGAGCUGGGCAGCUGUCUGCCCCGAGAAGGCAUUGACACAGCUCUGCGCUGGGAACCUGUGGGCAAGACCUACUUUUUCAAAGGCGAGCGGUACUGGCGCUACAGCGAGGAGCGGCGGGCCACGGACCCUGGCUAUCCCAAGCCCAUCACCGUGUGGAAGGGCAUCCCCCAGGCUCCCCAAGGGGCCUUCAUCAGCAAGGAAGGAUAUUACACCUACUUCUACAAGGGCCGGGACUACUGGAAAUUUGACAACCAGAAACUAAGCGUGGAGCCAGGCUACCCGCGCAACAUCCUGCGUGACUGGAUGGGCUGCAACCAGAAGGAGGUGGAGAGGCGCAAGGAGCGGCGGCUGCCCCAGGACGAUGUGGACAUCAUGGUGACCAUCAACGACGUGCCAGGCUCUGUGAAUGCAGUGGCCGUGGUCAUCCCCUGCAUCCUGUCCCUCUGCAUCCUGGUGCUGGUCUACACCAUCUUCCAGUUCAAGAACAAGGCAGGCCCUCAGCCUGUCACCUACUAUAAGCGGCCAGUCCAGGAGUGGGUGUGAGCAGCCCAGAGCCCUCUCUGUCCACUCGGUCUGGCCAGCCAGGCCCUUCCUCACCAGGGUCUGAGGGGCAGCUCUGGCCACUGCCCACCGGGGCCAGCAUGGCCCUAGGCCAGGGGUCAUGUAGCCGAAGUGGUGGUGCAUUGGCCUAGGCUGAGCAUGGGGCAGGGAGUGAUGGCAGCUGUGCCCCAGGGUGGGUGUCUGGCGCCCAGCUGCCAGCCUUCUGUCCUGGGUAAACUGCUCCCUACUCAAGGGAAUAGGCCAGGCCCCAUCAGGAGGCAGGGACCAUGCCAGGAGGAGGCCCGUGGUCACUGCGCCCUGUGGCGUCCACGAGGCACCACAGCGCCAUCUGUACCUGGCUGGACCCAGCACCUUCUGUGGGAAGCCAGCGCUAGCGGUCUCAGCCCCAUCUGGGAGAUGCCACCAGUCCUGGUCCCCCAUUGCCAACACCUGCUGGUCAGAUGUCCCCCCACCCCUACCCCACCGUCCUCCAAGGCUACAGGACCCCUGCUGCCGACACAGUGGGCAACAAGCCUGGGUUUCCUCUGCUGGCAACAGCAGAUCCCUCAAGAAACCUGCUCCACACGUCAGGGUCUCCUGAGACCCAGGAUUUAGGGUCACAUGCUGCAGGCAGGGCUGUGGCCCAGCUGGGUCUGACAAGGACCCAGCUGUCAUGUCGUGAAUAUUUCAAUGUCCUGUCACUAUUGUUUAAAGUCCCAUUCUGCAAAGGCUGCUUGAGGCUUUAGGUGAAUUAGAGGUGACUGUCUUGGUGAUGAGGCCAGCCCUCCCCCCAGCGAUAAGGACCAAGGUGCUGUUAAGGCCACUCUAGUGCCCAGACACGCCAGGAGCUGGGCCCCGCUAAUGAGGCUAAAGGGCUGGAGCAGGAGCUGACCCCACCUCGGAGGCUGAUCUGAGUUUGUAGCUGUCCUCCACUCUCCCAUUCCUCUCCCCAUCCCCCAAGUCCCUGGCCCUGCUCCAGCCUGUCACUUGUGGCCUGAGGACUCAGCCUGACUAGUGAGGUGAGACGGAAAUAGCUCUGGGCCAACAUUCUCACGGCCUUGGGUUAAGGGGCCCAGGGCAGCCUUCUGAAGUGCUCAGAGCCCACACCCCUAGCUACCCUGAGACCACUUCAAUCUCUCAGCCCAGAAGCAGUGUUUAUACCAUGAGCUUGGCCCCUGCUAACCCAGCUCUCUGGGCCCAUCACCCUGCAUUGCUCUUCGGAAAAGGGCAGCCACAACUGGUAACAACCCCAAGCCUAGGGGCCCGCCCCUCACUGUCUCUGGCAGGAAUUCCUAGGGCUCGGCUUGCCUCACUCCAACCCAGUAAGAGGCAGCCCUGCUUGUCACUACGGAGCCGGAGGCAAAACCAAUGGGUUCAACUAUGUCCACUGGCUCCCUGCCAAAUCCAAGCAGAGGUGUCAGUCUCCAGGGUGCUGGCAGGGCCUCUGAGCCUGCAUGGGCCUUGCCCCCACCCCAUGGCCUCUGGGCUUUGAGUCUGCUUAACCUGUAGCAGACAGGGACUCUGGGAGCUGUCUUGAGCAAAAUAUCUCAUCCCAGAGACACCUAUAUGGGUCCACUGUGUUCCCUGUCAUCAUCCUGUUUUUUCUCAUUUUGGCCAAGGGCGGGCUCCCUGGGGCGGGUGGGGAACAACUGCAGAGAUAUUAGUGAUUCAUAGGUUUGUACAGUGUUUUAUA